AUGUCAUCACUAGCUACAAAUUAAAAACAACAAAAAGCACAGAUCAGAUAUAUUUUUUUUUUUUGGAAACCGGCAAAGCGUAAAUUUCAUCAUCAUGCAGAAGAAACCCAUCAAUGCCAACGCACUGCUGGACAAACUGCAUCGCGGCGCCGUCUACGCCUGCAUCGGCGUCACCCUCUACGGCACCUAUGUGCUGGGCAGCCGCUAUUACCACUACUACACUGUUAUACGCCCGGAGAAGCAGCAGGCGGAGCUGAAGCUCCUCGACGAGGGCGCCCACGACAAGGCCAAGGAGCUGAAGUACUAGACAUUUACCCCAAUGUUAUCUUUAAUGUUUGUUAAGCGUAAUAAAUUGUAAGGAAAUGUAAGCAUUUUCCCAUCAAAUGGAU